CUGUAAUCAUUGUCGCAAGAAUAACUGGUUCAUACAAUCUCAUUCUUACCUCUGAUAUGUCCUCGAGUUUUGGUCGACAGCAGGAAGAACCUUGAGUAGAGAGAUGCAAAAGAAGUAUACUCCUCCCAUUCUCCAUUUGGCGUCUAUAUAACCAAGAUCGACAAUCACAGCGAGCAAGGGAAACUUUCAUCGAAGACUACGUUGAAUGAUAUUCAGUACACUCUAGCGCCGAUUUUUAGUGGUACAAGCUUACGUCUCAACAUAACCUUUCUUGUUCUAGAAACUUUCACAGCUAGCUGGGCCAGCCUCCUGCCAGCACAUGAUGCACGAGUCGACACGUAGAACCAUAACUUCCUACAUCAAUGCACCCAUUCAUUUCAUUUCUGGCCAGUUCCAGGGAAGAUGCGUACGUGCUGAGUUGGUCGAGAUACAAAAAGCAGACUUGGGGCGAAAGUAUGCCCGUGUAGACCGACGCCCUCUCGAUCCCCCACCAGUCGUCCAACUCAAGUUAUUCCACAUCUAUAAUGAAGGAACUGACAAUGAAUACGAACAAGAAGUUCAGAACUAUGACGACAUACAAAACCUUGGAUUACUCUGCAAUGUCGACUUGUUUCAAGUCCAUAAUAGGUCCAAUAGCUUAUCGGAGCCAGCCUCCCUCGUCCGUCUCCCUCACCAACUUUCACCGGUAGUGGAACCUGUUCGCUCAUCCCCCUACCCGCUACCUUCGAUUUUACCGAGGAUGGCUACCGAUCAUUUACCUCCCAUAAGCGGUACAGGUGGGGUUCCCGCGUCAGAUGCUCAGCUACCCCAGUUUCAUCCCUACGCCCAUCUCGACUCGUUGUCACUCGCUGAAAACAUGAAAUGCACCACUGCACUCUCAGGUGCUACAUUCGUUCAACCAGCAUGUAUUGAAUAUCAAGGCAAGAGGGCUCUCGUCUUUCCAUUCGCUGACCUCGCGGUAAAGGCCGAGGGUGACUUUUUCCUCCGCUACCGCAUCUUCGAUAUUUUUUCGCGCAUGACAAAUCUAUCAGAUGUACCGGUGCAGGCUGAGUGCCGUGGUGGCCCGUUCCACAUAUAUUCAACAAAAGAAUUUCCUGGUUUGCAACCCUCAACAGAGCUAUCAAAGCAACUCUCCAAAUACGGGGUACGACUCAAUACCCGUGAGACGGAGCGCAAGCGCAAGAAAAAGGGUUUCGAAAGCAGCGUCACCUCAUCUCGCAGAAAAGGCAAAGGCAGAGCCACAAGGAAUACAAGGAACGGGAGCGAGUGUGAUUGAAUUCGCUGCAGUGUGAGGUUCUGGAUCAGGGCGGCUGUGUUCGAAGGACUUCGCAUCUUCACUUCGGUUUCUCCGGCAAAAAUUUAAUUAUACCUUAACAGCAGGCAUGUACAUACAUACACGAACAUAUAUA